UUAAGAUCAUGCCAGUUCAGACUUUAUUUAUUUAUUUGCUCUGUCUGUCGAUGUGAACUGAGUUAGCCAGAGUUCGUAGAGUUUUAAAUACUCCGUACCACUUGUUGGCCAAGAACAAUGCAGAGAGCCGACCCCCUUACCAGUGACGCUCUCAAAGUGACUGCACACUGACAUUCUGAUCAGGAUACAGACUGGAACAUCAACCUCUGCUUCUGUCAGAGUCCAUAAAGUCACCAUGUCCCAGCCUAUUCCUCCAGUCCUCUCUGUUCGACCGAUCCGGGCUCUGGUUGAUGAGACGUUCAAGGUGGUGGUGGAGAAUCUGCCGCCAGUGUCUCCAGUCACUCUUCACUCCCUCCACUUCUCUGAGGACAAGGACUACUGGGAGGCUUAUGGACACUACAUGAGUGAUCCCAGCGGAACAGUCAGUGUUUCAGAGGAUCUGAGUUUUGGGGGCACGUACACAGGAAAAGAACCCAUGGGUUUGUUGUGGAGCAUGCGUCCUGAGUCAGGCAGCCCCCCCGGCCUCAGGCUGAGAAGGAAGGACGUCACCAGCCCCAUGUUGGUCCACAUCUCGGUCUACAGUGGACACAUAAACGAAGGCUUCAGGAAGCAGCCUCCUCUGGCCUCUGUGCUCACAGAGAGAUGGUACAUGGCUCCAGGAGUCCAGAGGAUUGAAAUCAAAGAGAGAGAAGUGAGAGGGACCCUCUUUAUACCUUCAGGUCCUGGACCUUUCCCUGGGUUGUUGGAUUUGUGGGGAGGAGGUGGAGGUCUGGUGGAGUACCGUGCAGCCUUGCUGGCAUCUCAUGGUUAUGCCUGUUUGGCGUUGCAGUAUUUUUAUCCUAAAGAGCUAAAUACAGAGGAGCUCCUGUUACAGUAUUUUGAGAAGGCUUUUGAUUGUAUCAAGGACCAUCCUGACGUGAUCCCAGACAGAGUUGGAUUUUUUGGUCUUUCCCUUGGCACAAUUUUGGUUAUCCAUAUCGCAGCUGCAAGCACAAAGAUCAAGCCUUGCUGCUGUGUUUGUGUCAGCGGCCACCACUUAUUUCCAAGUGGAACGGCUCUUAAUUUUGAUUUAGAAUAUGAACAACAACAGUAUCUGAAGAUACAGAUGGAUGAGAACAACCACCAGAUAACACGAUACAUGCGUCUACCGAUCCCCAGUGACCCCUCAAAGAAAACCGCUGUGCAGAACAUUAAGUGUCCCGUUCUGUUGGUCAACGGCGAUGAUGAUCAGAACUGUCCUGCUGUGGAGGCUGCUGAAGAUAUGGCCCAGAUGAUGCAGGCUGGAGGAAACCUCCACCUGCUCUCCACGCUGACCUACCCCAACACCGGACAUCUGAUCGAGCCGCCGUACUCUCCUCACUUCAGGGCGACUAACUUCAUAGUUCCUAUUGUGAAUCAGAAAGCAACAAUGCUGUGGGGAGGACAAACCAAACCUCAUUCAGAUGCUCAGGAAGACUCCUGGAGGAAGAUCUUAGCUUUUCUACAGCAUCAUCUCUACUCUGUCCCAAAAGCCAGGAUGUGAAGUAUUAUGGAACCAGGAAACACAGAAAAGUGUGAUGACUUAAUGAACCACAACACUAAGAAAAUAUUAAACAAAAUUUCAUGACUUCAAAAAAAUCAUAUUCUUCACAGAAUGAAUGCGAAUAUGCUUCAUAUAUUUCCAAUCAUGUGCCUCAUAUGCUGUAUCCUGGAGCUUUUUAAUACCUUUAUGCUUACAAUUUUCCGUAGAAGCUAGAAGCUUUAUUAAUGGCAUAGAAAUAUGACAAUAUCUUCUGUAAUUUAGUGUCUAAAAUUGAAAUCAUCUCAAGGAAAAGUCAAUGAAAAGCUUUUUGGUCCCUUAAAGUCUUUAG